UCAUUUGUAUCUCAUCAAAAUGAUAAAGUAAACAAAACACAAAGUUACUCUAAAUCUAAAAACAAUGUUCGUGAAUCUUGAAAAUUGUUAAUUGAAAGAUUUCAAAUCUGUUGUGGCAAAUUAUCAUCAUAUGAUAAAAUGAUUGAGAAAGUCUUUUUUCAUAAGGGUACGCUUUUCCAGGUUUUUGUGUCUUUUACUGUAAAUAUGAUCGCUUUGACAGAUGGAAUGGCAGGAGGAUGGACCGCACCAAUGAUCCCUUACUUUCUGAGCGAGAAAAGUCACAUAAAGAUGACAAGGAACGCUGCCGAUUGGCUGGAAACCUCUAUGCUGAUUGGCGCAUUGGUUGGACUCCCAAAUACCUUCUAUCUAGUGCGUAAAUUUGGAAGAAGAAAAUCACUUAUGUUCGCUCUGUCUACAGUGAUAGUCUGUUGGAUUCUCAUCGCAGUGGGAGACAGAGUGGAAUAUCUCUACGUUGCGAGAUUUUUCAGCGGGGCUGGUUUGAAUAUGGCCUUCGUUGCAGUGCCUAUGUAUAUUUCAGAGAUUUCUCACAAAAAUAUAAGAGGGUUUCUCUCCAGUAUAGGUUACGUUAUGAUGCUGGUGGGGGUGUUAAUAAUGUAUAGUGUCGGUCCAUUUUUAGCUUAUUUUGUGUCUCCUGUGAUAGCUAUCAGCUUGUUGGGCAUCGAACUGGUUGUAUGUAUUUUCCUGCCAGAAUCUCCCUAUUAUUUGUUGACCUUGAAUCGCUAUGAGGAUGCUAGGAUAUCUUCAUCAAGAUUUCGAGACAAUCCAGCUGAAGUUGAAGUGGAACUGAAAGAUAUGAUCGAAGCAAUAGAAGCGGAAAGAAACGAGAACCAAUCUUCCAUCAAGGAUCUUUUUCUGGUUAACAGCUACCGAAAAUCGUUGAUCAUUAUGAUCGUAUUGAACACUGCACAGCAAUUGAGUAGUUUUGAAGUGAUCUUGAUGAAUAUUCACGAAAUUCUGGAGAGUGCUGGAUCUAUAUAUAUUGAAUCUUCGACAGCUGCUAUUAUAUUUUCUGCUAUUAUGUUGGUGGCAUCAUGUUUAGCUGCUCUUCUAAUGGACAAUCUUGGCAGAAAGUUCCUGCUGAUACUCUCUAGUGUUCUAACUGGCAUUUCUCUAUCAUCUCUGGGUACCUUCCUCAACUUGAAACUAUUGGGUUUCAACGUGGAUUCAGUUAGCUGGAUUCCUGUAGUUUCAGUGAUGAUGUACGCCGCAGUGUUCAAAUUUGGGUUAGGAAUAGUUCCUUCAGUACUCUGUGCUGAAAUAUUCUCCCCAAAAAUCAAAGCUUUCGGAUUGACCGCUGCAGAUGGAGUAUACGUUGCGUCAUCUGUAGUGGCUCUACAACUAUUUCUUCAAUUGAAAGAAACAGUUGGUAUCCAUUGGCCUUUUUACAUUUUCAGCUGUUGCUCAUUUUUAACGUCGCUUUUUGUUGCAAUGUUCGUACCGGAAACUAAAGGAAAGACUUUUGAAGAGAUACGGAUGAUUCUCGAGGGCAAAUCCGUCCCUAAUCAUCCAGUUGAAAUAAGCUGUGGAGCUGAUUUUCGUAAAUGAAAAUGACUCAUCAUAUACGGCUGAUUUGGAAUUGCCCAUAUUUGGAGUGUGAAUAGCUGUCAUAGGUGCAACAAAUUCUUUCACGGUAAUAGCAGUUAAUAACUACUCUCGUUCUCGAAUGAAUAAAUUGAUAGCUAUCAUUGCCCCAA